GAGAGAGGAUGGGAAGAGUGAGGAACGAGUGUAAUAGUUAAGAGAAACGAGGAGAAAAUAAAAAAACAGGAGUGCAAAGAGGGCUUUGGAAGAACGGGUGUAGGCAUGAGCUGCUGAGGAGAGGAAAAAAAGAGACUUAGAGAGAAAAAAGUCUGACUGAGGGAAGGAAGAAGGGGAGGACACAGAACGAAAAGAAAGUGGAGAGCGGGGAGGGCAGGAGAGGGGAACGAAAGAGGUGUUAAGGUGUAAAAAAAGAGAGGAAGGGAGGAGAAGAGAGAAGAGGACUGCAAAAGAGAGAAGACAGGCGUGACACGUUCUUACUGCUUCAGAAAGACAAGACGCCACAAGUGACGUUCGUACUGCUUAAGAAAGAAAAGACGCCACAAGACAGAGUGGGAACAGGAGAGAAGCAGGGACGCGAGGGGAAUGGUAGCCAGCGGUUGCCAGAUUGGGCGGUUGCCAACCCAAUAUGGCUACUUAGGAUGUCUGUAUGCGGGUAAAAUUUGGGCUGUUUUUUUCUGUACAUUUAUGGCCAUAGAAAUCAAUAAAAUUUAGUUCGAAUUUGCCGGGGUUUAGUGCUUCCAGCCGGGUUUUGAGCAUUUUUUUGGGCUGGAAAUCAUCAGUCUCGUCUGGCAAUCCUGAUGGUAGCAGUGGUUGCCAGCACUGGAUAAAUGACAAGAACAGAAGGAGGGAUAAAAAAAUAAAUAAAAAAAAGAGCUGGAGAAUUUUGGGAUUGGGGGCCCGAGUCGGAUAGACAGAUAGAAAGAAAAGGAGGAAGAGGAGGAGGAGAAGAAAGAGGGCUAGAGAAGUUUGGUGUCAGGGGCCCGCAUAGCGGGCUAUGGGGGCCAUGGUCACUUAGAGUAGACCCCCCUCCCCCACCAUUCCUCUCUCCUCACCUUUUCCUCGUCCAUCCAUCCAUCCAUCCAUCCCAUCCUUCCGUCCAUCUGUCUGUCUGUACAUCCCUCCAUCCUGGUGUGGCAGUGGCAGUUGUUUAUAGCUUCCCCAUCCUCCCCUCCUCUAACUGCGUGAAUGAGUGUUUGUGUGUGUGUGCGUCGGAGUGUGAGUUUGUGAGUGUGUGAUUGCAUGUGUGUGUAUCUAUCUACCCUUCUCUCACCUCUCUGAAGUCCAUAACUUUCUCCAUUGCCCCCCACUGUGCUCCCCUUUGAAGUGUGUGUGUUCGUUUGUUCGUGUGUGUUUACGUCUGUGAGUGAGUGCCGCUGUGUGUCUUCCUACCCCGCCCCCGUCCGCAAUGCCUACCGCCAUGCCCUUGUGUGCCUGAGUGUCUGUGUGUGUGGUUUUCUUUGUGUGUGUGUGUGUGUGUGAGUGUUUGCAUUUUUCCGUGUCUUCUCUAACUCUCCUCCUAAAUUGGUGAUCUGCAUCGUUCACGUCUGCAAUAGCCAUCUCUAUGCCCUUGUGGACCUGAGCGUUUGUGUGUAGUGUGUACAUUUGUCUGUGUCUUGUCCACCCUACCCGCUCAAGACAUGAGUGUGCGUGAGUGUACUUAAGUGUCAGUGUGUGUGUGUGUGUGUGUGUGUUUGUGUCCGUGUGUCCGUAAGUGUACCUCAGUGUACGUCAGUGUAAGUGAGUUUAGGCGAGUGUAGAUGAGUGUGCGUGAGUGUAUGUGAGUGUUUCUGAGUGUCCGUGAGUGUAGGCAAGUGUAUGUGAGUGUACGGAAGUGUCAGUGUGUGUGUGUGUGUCUGUGUGUGUGUGUGUAUAUUUGCCUGUGUCUUGUCCACCCGACCUACAUAAACAGCCACCUCCACCUCCACCCAUCUCCACCUCCAGCCAUGCCCAGCCUCCCUUGGCGUCCGCUCCCGUCUGUGUCUUUUCUAGAGUGGAGUAGAGUAGAGUAGAGCUUACUUUAUUGUCCCCAGGGGGAUAUUAGUCUUGGGCUUCAACAAUCACUGCCUUACGUUCGGUACUCACUCACAUACCCAGCAUACAACAUAACAUAAUAAACAUCUAAAAAACAUUACAAAAAAACAUAGAAAACCUAAAACAUAAAAACCACCGAUCUCCAAGCACCCACCUCCAGCCAUGCCCAGCCUGCCGUGGCGUCUGCGUCUGCUCCCGCGCAGCCUGCGCCAGCUGGGCCUGCAUCGCCUGGUGGCCGCCCUCAUCGUCUUCUGCCUGCUCUCCAUGGCCUACCUGGCCUACCACGUCUCCAGCACCCCCAAGAUCAAGGAGCCGCCCCCCCUGCCUCUGGGGGACUGUGCCGCUGGUGGAGCUGCUGGAACCGGCGCCGGUGCUGGUGGAUCAAGGGAUGCAUCAUCAUCAUCAUCACGGACCGAGCCAGUGGUGCUGGUUCUGGUGGAGAGCAUUUACUCGCAGCUGGGACAGGAGAUCGCCGCCAUCUUGGAAGCCGGCCGGUUCCGCUACCGGACGGAGAUGGCGCCGGGCCGCGGGGACCUGCCCAGCCUGGCGGCGCGGGGACGCGGCCGCUACGCGCUGGUGGUCUACGAGAACCUGCUCAAGUACGUCAACCUGGACGCCUGGAACCGGGCGCUCCUGGACAAGUACUGCCAGGAUUACGGCGUGGGGAUCGUCGGGUUCUACCGGGCCGGAGAGAACUCCCCGCCCAGCGCCCAGCUCCGGGGUUUCCCCUUGUUCCUGAGGUCCAACGUGGCGCUGAGAGAUUACCGGGUCAACCCCGUCGCUCCGCUGCUCUACGUGACGCGGGCGGGACAAAUGGAUCCAGGCCCACUCCCUGGCGAGGACUGGACCGUCUUCCUCUCCAACCACACCACCUACGAGCCGGUUCUGGUGGCCAGCCCCAGGCCCAGUGCAGCUGGUGGUGCCGCCGGUGCUGCUGCUGCUGCUAUCCCGCCUCCACCUGGUCCACCUCUUCAAGAUGGAGCUGCUGCUGGUGGUGGUGGUGGUGGAGCUCCAGGAGGGGCUGGACAGCAGACUUACCAUGCCCAGCAGCAGAGGCCUUUCCUGGCCACGGUCAUCCAGGACCUGGGUCUCCACGACGGCAUCCAGCGGGUGCUGUUUGGCGGCAGCCUGACGUUCUGGCUGCAUAAGCUGGUGUUCGUGGACGCGGUGGCCUUCCUGACGGGAGGGCAGCUCAGCCUGACGCUGGAGCGCCACCUGCUGGUCGAUGUGGACGAUAUAUUCGUGGGCAAGGAGGGGACCAGGAUGAAGGUGUCGGAUGUGGAGGCCCUGCUGCACACUCAGAAUAAGCUGCGGAACCUGGUGCCAAACUUCACCUUCAACCUGGGCUUUUCUGGAAAGUUCUUCCACACGGGUACGGAUGAGGAGGACCUGGGUGACAACACCCUGUUGCGUCACCGUAAGGAGUUCUGGUGGUUUCCGCACAUGUGGAACCACAUGCAGCCGCACCUCUUCCACAACGUCAGCGUGCUCGCAGAGCAGAUGAGGCUCAACAAGCAGUUCGCACAGGAGCAUGGCAUCCCUACAGACAUGGGCUAUGCGGUAGCACCGCACCACUCGGGCGUGUACCCGGUCCACACCCAGCUGUACGAGGCCUGGAAGUCUGUCUGGGGCAUCAAGGUGACGAGCACCGAGGAGUACCCGCACCUGAGACCAGCCCGCUUCCGACGAGGAUUUAUUCAUAACGGCAUAAAGGUUCUCCCGAGGCAGACGUGCGGGCUCUUCACGCACACCAUCUUCUACAAGGAGUACCCCGGAGGCUCAUGGGAACUCGACAAGAGCAUCCGCGGAGGGGAGCUCUUCAUGACACUGCUGCUCAAUCCGGUCAGCAUUUUCAUGACCCACCUCUCCAACUAUGGUAACGACCGUCUGGGCCUGUACACCUUUGAGUCGCUGGUCAAGUUUGUGCAGUGCUGGACCAACCUGCGGCUCCAGACGCUGCCGCCUGUGCAGCUGGCCGAUAAAUACUUCCAGAUCUUCCCAGAGGAGAGAGACCCCGUGUGGCAGAAUCCAUGUCACGACAAGAGACACAAGGACAUCUGGUCGAAAGAGAAGACGUGCGACAGACUGCCCAAGUUCUUGAUUAUUGGGCCCCAGAAGACAGGGACUACAGCGCUGCACUUGUUCCUCUCCCUCCAUCCCGCGAUCACUAGCAGUUUCUCCAGUCCCGUUUCCUUUGAGGAGGUGCAGUUCUUCAGCGGACCAAACUAUCAACGCGGCAUUGACUGGUACAUGGACUUCUUCCCUGUGCCCUCCAACGUGAGCACUGACUUCCUGUUUGAGAAGAGUGCUAACUACUUCGACUCGGAGGUGGCGCCCUCUAGGGCCACGGCGCUGUUACCCAGGGCCAAGAUCAUCGCAGUGCUCAUCAACCCAGCAGACCGGGCAUACUCCUGGUACCAGCACCAGAGGGCUCAUCAGGAUGCGGUGGCCCUGAACUACUCCUUCCACCAGGUGGUGUCAGCGAGCCGCUCCUCCCCCGCCCCCCUGCAGGCCCUCCAGCGGCGUUCCCUGGGGCCCGGGGCCUACGCAACGCACCUGGACCGCUGGCUACACCACUACCAGCCCAGCCAGGUGUUGAUAGUGGACGGAGUGCUGCUGCGGUCCAAUCCGGUCCAGGUGAUGAACGGGGUGCAGAGGUUCCUGGGAGUCACCCCCCAUUACAACUACACACAGGCACUCAUGUUUGACGAGAGCAAGGGCUUCUGGUGUCAGAAGCUGGAUGGAGCGCGCUCACGGUGCCUGGGGAAGAGCAAAGGCAGGAAGUACCCAGACAUGGCUGCAGAGACGCGGGCCCUGCUUUCCGAGCACUACCGGGAACAGAACCUGGAACUCUUGCGUCUCUUCAAUCGACUGGGCCAGGCCCCACCAACUUGGCUGAGGGAGGAGCUACAAGGAGGAAGCUGGAGCUGAGAGACUCCGCCUACCCCCCCAUCUGCUGCCCCGCCCCCCAUCUCUAAGGUCUGCAGGCCUGUUGAAAGCCUUAGCUGGGGCCGGGGGGCAAAACAAUCAUCUUGACGGGCCCCGCGUUCUCAACAUUCAAUGUAAUGGGGAUCCAAUUCUACGCUGCUACUCACCUGGAGCUUGGAACUGACCUGAUUGACUCCCCUCUCCCUGUCAGUUUGUCACUUCAGCCAAUCAGGAGCCAGCAGAUACCCCGGUAAUCCCGCCCAUCCCUGCUCUUACAAAAACCCACUGGCUUGUGUUCAACCACUGCACCGGUUGGCUAUGUUUUGCUCCACCGUUCUUGUUCCUUGGCCUAAAAGGCAGCAACAUUGUGCAGCUAUUCCUGCAUCAUGAGCAUGGUCCUGGGAUCGCCAUCAUGGGGCUGGCGGGGGAUUGGAGUGUCAACUGUCAGGAUCGCUCAAACUGUAGGCCACGGGCAUAACACAAGUACUUCAGACACCCCUGCAAGCUACCAAGAAUGGGCCCCCGAACUAAAAAAAGAGGGCCUAAUAUCAUGUGGAGGAGGGGGCUAAUUUCUUCAAGUCAAGGGCCCAUGUGGGCCCUCCGCCUCGUAUGGGCCCCCCCUGCCUCGCGGGGGCUGCGGGGGUGUAAUUAACGCCCCUGUAGUAGGCCUGACCUACAGUACAGUAACAGUUCAGCUGCCCAGACUAGAGUCCCAUGGUGAAGCUACAAUAUCUAACAGGUGUCUUACUUGUCAACUUGACCCGGACAGUCGGACAGUCGGUCCAUCAGUCAGAAAUAGCUGAUGAUGGAGUUCAUGGGGUGGGUGGAAGCAGGGCUGGACUUGCCAUCGGGCAUAGCAAGCAUUUCUCGGUGGGCCAAUUUUUAAAUUUAUUUCCAUUUUUUUUUUACAUUUCUGAAAAUAGGGUCCCACAAGGGUGCAGGGCCAAUAGGGUCCCACAAGGGUGCAGGGCCGACGCACCGGUGAGUCAGUUCUGAGCCGCUAUUUAUGAGAGGCCCCUUUAGGUGCCCGGCACCCAUUCCUCACCCAGUCAGGCCAGCCCAGCCCUGGGUGGAAGACGCUUUUUUUUCCGACAUCCUCUGCAGCUAGCUCCCGCCCACCUCGACCACUUGAAUGCUGCAUACAGUAUGUCCUGGAGUCGAUUGACAGAGAGACCCUUCUCUGCAUCUGCGGACGGUAGUGGUAGCCAGGCAGUGCCCCUCCUAGUCAGCUCAAGAGCAAAUGCUUUCUGAGCUCCCAAAAAAUCGGGAACUCCUCCCACUAUGUCGAGAAGCAAACAACCAUUAGCAAACAAAAAAGGGAGGCGGGUCAACCUUGCCGUUUGGGAAAUGUUAAUUGUUAUGCUCUUGGUCAGACCAAGACUCGAAGAGAUUUUUAAAGUAUUUUUUGGGGCUUUUCAGCCUUUAUUGGUUUUUGUGAGACAGGAUAGUGAAGGAGAGACAGGAAGUGAGCUGGGAGAGAGAGAUGGGGAAGGACCGGCAAAGGACCCGGACCGGGAAUCGAACCCGGGUCGGCCGAGUGGUAAACGUGUGCCCUACCAUAUCAGCCACGGUAGAGCCGACUCGAAGAGAUUUUAAAGUCGAUGAUAAUCAGGCUAGGGUAGUGGGUCUCCUAUUUCCCAUUGGCCAAUGCCUUUGAUGUACCAAUUAACCAAUUGAGGUGGAAUUGAUGUGCAAAAUGGAGGACAAGAAUGCAUGUAGGACAGGAGCAGUUGCCCGUCCACCUUCGACACCUGGUGGUCUGCCAUUGGUCAAAUGGUCACCCCACCUGAAACCAAGAAUCAACCAAUCGGCAGGCUGAGGAUGGUGCUGUGUGAAGCGGUGUGUGCCCCAUACAGUUAGGACUUGAACCUUAGUCACACUCCCUGAAAGACACAAGUGAUCAACAGACAGGAGGAUGCUUUUUCUUCUCUGAAGUGGUGUUAUGUACUCUCAAUGGGUGUGCCCCAUACAUUUGAGCCUUGAACCUUCUCUUCUUGGACGGGAUCUCGGGGGUCCCAUGACUGGAAAGAGGGGAGGAAUGAACUCCUUUACUGCCCCAAAGAGAGCCACUUCUGGGGUGCGUUCCAAUAUGCAAACUUGCUUCCUCCACUUGUGCUUGUGACCUCGCCCCGCCUCCUGGCCCCUCCUCAGUGGAGAAAACAAUAAAGUUUCCCAGCUGUCAGCUAAGCCACAACAACUUUUGGGGAACUGUUUUUUCAUUCAACAUCCCAAUUUCAAAUGAGAAAAAGACUUUACAAUUGAGUUUUUGCAAGAUAUUGAAUUAAUGCUGUUGUCAGUGAUGUCAUCUUGACACAUUACGUCCUGGUACGAGGCCACAAGCACAAGUGGAGGAAGCAAGGUCGCAUAUUGGAACGCACCCCUGGAGAAGUCACAGGUGUCUUGGGGUCAAAAGGGGCACGCAGUGGCCUACUUAGCUGGAUGUAAAAGCCACACAUUGGGGAGAUGUGAAGCCUUUUUGAGGUAAUACUACACGGCUGCUGCACUCUUGAAGAGUGGGCUCAGCAAGCUACCGUGGAGUCUCAAAGCACCACAACCUGCUUCUGGUAUUCCCGACGCACCUGCCCAAGCGCACUGCCUAUUUGACGGAAGCUUUUAGGGGGGACUAUUAUCAAAGUGAGCUGGACCGGACUUUAGGGAAAAAAAAAAAACAGGAAUAGAAUGGAAUGGAAUGGGAAAAGGUUCCGCAGUAGCAGCUCCAUUAUGAUGUCAUAAUGCUUGGGUCCCUGGAGAUCCCAAAAGGGCUUGCUCUACCAGUAUGUUUGUUUUUAGAUGCUGGCUGGAACCAGGAAGAAGGGGGGAGGUCAUGGUGGAGGUGGGGUCGAGAAAAAAACCCUUGCCUUUACCCAUGCUCCCACUGGGCUGAAAUGGAGUGAUAUCAGACAGCAGACUGGUCGUUUUUGUUUUUUUUCUUCUUUCCUGUGCUUUUACAGGCCUGUGCUCGAGAGGAACAUCUCUCUCUCUCUCUGUCUGUCUCUCUCUCUCUCUCUCUCUCUCUGUUUCUGUCUCUCUCCCUCUCUUUUUCUCUCUCUCUCUCUCUCUUUCUCUCUCUUGCUCUCGUGUUUCCUUUUAGAAAAGGAGCAUGGACAUGAGAAGGCCAUUAGUGUGUGUGUGUGUGUGUGUGUGUGUGUGUGUGUGUGUGUGUGUGUGUGUGUGUGUGUGUGU